AUGGCCACUUCGAGAAAUCACAUUGCCGUAUUUUUGCCCACACCCCACCAACCGAGACCUGCAACUCCCCCCGCCAAGAUGGCCACAGGGGGUGAAACGGAGAACCAUUCUACAGAGGAGAAAGAGCCAGAAGCCACCACCAACCACCACGGGUCCUGUCCCAAGCUAAUACCCUUGCUAUUCUCCGCGGAAAGAUAA